UUCUCUCAAAGACCCGCAGGAUGAAUGGGUGAGAAGAAAAGAGAGGAUAGAGGUAUUAAUUUACUGCUUUUAUCUGUGUAUUCAGUAAAGGAAGAACACUUUCAUAUUAAUUGUGUGUUUUCAAAUGCUGUUUUUUUUAAAUGUGUGUCUAAAGCAAAAAAACAAUACCUUUUCUGAAGCAUCUGUUUAAAAACUGCAAACAAACCGAGGCCAUCAGGUUAUAGCUGAAAAGCUCAACUCAGGAUACCACGAAAUCAAGGCAAUCCCAAAAGGACCAAUGACACAAUCCUAUCAAAUCAAGGACAUGCCCUUAACCUCAGGCCUCGACAAAUCCUGGGCUUCCUUCCUAAAGUCUGCACCUCGUCUCCGCCUCAACACCUUGGACUUCUCCGACCUGUGGGAUGAGGAGGACCUGGGAUUGGACAGCGCUGAGGAAGACGGAGGCACCUCGACCAAUCAAACCUCAGCAUGUCUCCAAACUCCACCCCCUCCUCCUCCCAUGCCACUCUCAGCUCCUCCCCCUCCCCUGCCCCCAGGACAUGCCUCUCCCAUGGGGAAACCUUCUGGUUGUCGUACCCUAAAGCUCCACUGGAGGGCGCUCCAGAGCCUGCCCCUCCUGCCCAGGGUUUGCCGCUUUGGGCCCCAGACCAUCUGGGCUGGGCUAGAGCCUGUGCACCUUGACACCAACCGGCUGGAGUACCUGUUUGAGACCAAGGGAAAUGGCUCCAUCUGCAGUGUGCUGACGGGAUGGCAGAAGCAGCCGUCUGUCUCAGUUCUGGGGGUGAAACGGAGUAACAUCAUCACCAUUGCCCUCAGUAGCCUCCCUCCUCCCCGCCUGCUGCCUCCUGCCAUUUACACCAUGGACUGUAGUGUGCUGGACAGAGAGGACGUACAGCGUCUCCAGUCCCUGGUCCCCAGUGAAGAGGAGCUGUCUCUGAUCAGGAAGGCCCAGGCCGAGUCCCCCCACUCACCUCUUGCCCCGGCUGAGCUCUGUCUCCUAACCCUGGGGGAGAUCACUUACCUGAGCCCCAGGCUUCAGCUCUGGGCCUUCGCUCAGGACUAUGACACCCUGGAAAGAGAAAUUGCAGAGCCUCUCUUCCACUUGAAGCUUGCCAUGGAACAGCUGGCAGCCAAUCAGACCUUCAGAUGCAUCUUGGCCACUGUGCUAGCCAUUGGUAACUUCCUCAAUGGAUGCAAGGCCAGUGGUUUUGAGUUGAGUUACCUGGGGAAGCUGUCUCAGGUCAGAGAUACACACUCCCGUCAGCCUCUGCUGCACCAUAUGUGUGUUCUGCUGCUGCAGCUCUACCCACAGUCCUCAGACCUCUACUCUGAUAUCACCUCUGUCACCCGCGCCAGCAAGUGUGACUACACCCAGGUCCAAUCCAGCCUCUCACAGCUGGAGGCCCUUUGCAAAUCAUCAUGGGACCAGCUGCGUCUGCUAGAACGGGAGGAUCAGAAGAAGAGAGGAGGACGAGACAGAGGAGGGGAGCGGGAGGGCACCCUGCGGCAGAGGUUACCUACGUUCCUGAAGGAAUGUGAGGACAGGCUGAAGGUACUGAGAGCUGUCCAUCGGAGGGUUAUCAACAGGUUUCACUCAUUCCUUUUGUUUCUGGGUUACUCUCGUACGAUGGUGAGAGAGACGAAUGCGGAGGACUUCUGUAAGACCGUCAGCGACUUCUCUCUGGAAUACAGAGCUACCCGUCUCUCCAUCCUGCAACAGAGGGAGAGAGAGAGGGAGCGAGAGAAAGGAGGGGAGAGUCCCAGCUCACCUGCACCAAACCACAAACACCACUACCAUCACCACCACCACCAGACACCUUCUCAGGAGAGCUUGGAGCAGUGCAAACUAGAGGAAGUAUUGAAGACCCCAGAAUCUGACUUUCAGUUAGAUUCUACCCUUCCACGCCACCGCAGUAAGAAGACUGAUAUCAGAGGUCCACUCUCCCAGAAGCUGAAGUGGUGACAUAUGAAGUGAAGUGUGUCGUCUGUCCUGCGUUUCUGUCUAUAUCUGUUUGUCAUACGUUUUGAAGAAUCAUGCUUUGUUAUUACUACACAGGUGACUAUAGUCACUGUAAAUGCAUACUGUUUAGCAUACCAUAGUCCCUGUAUGCUGUAUGCUACAAUCCUAUAAAAUAUUCUGUCAUGCACUUCAACAAGCACAUAGGCCUACUUAUUCUCAUUCACAAACACAAUCUUAUCCACAGUCAGACUAACACAGCAGUAUGUAAAAUAAAUAUGUGUAAA